AUGUCAAACUAAAGCCAUUCAAAUUUUGAAUAUAUAUUGGUGCAGGUUAAUUUAAGUGAAUCUUUCAAUGGCUAGCACCAUGAUGAGUGUUUAUGACCAUGGAACUUGGGUGGAGGAUGGAGCUCGGGUUCAGUGCAAGUAUUGCGAAAAGAGAAUGACUGACUUUGGUCGUCUCAAGUAUCAUUUGGGAAAUGUCUGUAAAGACGUUACCCCAUGCUCACAAGUUCCAGGACCUACUAAAGAGGCGUUUUUUAACAUGGUUAUGGACCAAAGAUAUCCUGAUCAUCGUAAGCGUGGAAGACCCAGCAGAGGUUUUACUGCUUCUGAGAUAGCUGCUGAAGCUGACAAACAAGCCCAAAUGCUCGUUGCUCGGUUCUUUUAUGAACACGGUGUCGACUCCUCAGCUGUGGAUUCGACAAGUUUCAAAGAGAUGAUGAUGAUGAUGACUACAGUAGAAGAAGAUGGUGGUGGUGGUGAGAAGAUCCCUGACCCUCGUGAUUUAAACGGCUGGAUGUUUCAAGAAGCAUUGAAGAAAGUUCAAGAUCGGGUGAAGGAUAUUAAAGAUUCAUGGGAGAUCACCGGGUGCAGCAUCCUCUUGGAUACAUGGAUCGGCCCGAAAGGCCGUGAUCUGGUUUCUUUCGUUGUAGACUGUCCAGCUGGGGCAGUGUAUCUGAAAUCCUCUGAUGUUUCUGAUAUAAAAACCGAUGUCACUGCCUUAACAUCGCUGGUAAAUGGGAUCGUUGAGGAAGUUGGAGUGCGUAACGUGACUCAAAUCAUUGCAUGUUCCACCUCUGGUUGGGUUGGUGAACUAGGUAAGCGACUUGCGGGUCAAGUUUUCUGGUCUGUGAGUCUUUCUCAUUGCCUAGAGCUUAUGCUGGUGGAGAUUGGGAAAAUGUAUUCCUUUGAAGACAUACUUGACAAGGUCAAUAUCAUUCGGGAACUGAUCAAUAGCAAUCGCUCGUUUCUGUAUUUCUUCAAAGAGAACAGUUAUAGAGUCGACGUAACUGCAUCCUCCUCAGAGUGCGAGUUUGUUACGCCGUAUCUAACUCUAGAGAACAUUUUCAGGGUGAAGAUGGCAGGGUUGUUUGCUACUCCUGAAUGGAAGAAAGAAGAAGGCAUAGAAAUUUCCACUUUGGUGAAUGAUUACUCAUUUUGGGAAUCUCUCGAAAGAGUUGUGAGAAGUACAUCUACUCUGGUUCAUGUAUUGUUGGGGUUUUCAAGUGUCAUCAAGAAGCAUGUUGGAUAUACCUAUGAACUUAUAGAGAGCAUCAAGAAGAGCGUCGCGUGGAAUUCCAAGAACGAGAAACAGUUUUACCAGCCGGUAUGGGAUGUGAUAGAUGAUGUGUGGCACAAGCACCUUCGCAGUCCUCUUCAUGCUGCUGGUUAUUUUCUGAAUCCGAUGGCUUACUACUCCGAUGAUUUCCGUACUUAUCAAGAUGUAUACACUGGUCUUGCCUUCUCUCUGGUUCAUGUGGUAAAAGAACCUCACCUUCAAGUGAAGAUUGCCACACAGCUUGAUGAGUAUAGACUCGGUAGAAAUUGCUUUAAGAAAGCCAGUCAAGCUGAUCAGAUCAAUGAAGUCUCUCCAGUUAAUUGGUGGACUCAAAAGGCGAGCCAGUAUCCCGAGCUGCAGAGUUUCGCUGUUAAGAUUCUGAGCCAGACAUGUGAAGGUGCAUCAAAGUACAAGCUGAAGAGAAGCUUGGCAGAGAAGCUGUUGCUCACUGAAGGAAUGAACCACAGUGAACGAAAGCAUCUGGAAGAGUUGGCUUUUGUACAUUACAAUCUCCAACUACAAAGCUGCAAAGCCAAAAAGAGGCUGAAGUACAUUUGUUGGAGGAGUUCAUCAUUUGGUUUUAUGGUAAUAACUGCCAAACUCCAGAGCCUUAAGAUGUAUGACUCUCAAGUUUUGAAAUCUAAAUACAAUCCAUUUCUCAGACGUUCGCGUUCUGGAAAGAAAUUCCAGGGCACGAUAACCAUGUCAGAGGGCAUAGAAACUUGCGAAGAAUCUACGAGUGGCGAAUCUUUUCCAUACAGAUUUCAACUUGAAGAGGAUGUAAAAAGAUUGCAACUGCAACUCCAACAAGAAAUAGAUUUGCAUACAUUUCUAGAGAGUGUCAUGGAGAAAGAUCCUUGGGAGCUAUCUUAUUCUUCUAGUGUUCCACAUCCUGCUCAGGAACUUCUUUCCAAUAUAGUUACGCUAGAGACUGCAGUCACAAAGCUCGAGCAAGAAAUGAUGUCACUGAAUUUCCAACUUAGCCAAGAGAGAAACGAGAGGAGACUCGCGGAAUACCAUUUGACACAUUCGGCUUCUCCACUAAAUUCUUCUUCUUCCCUGAGAUAUUUGAAUCAGUCAGAUUCUGAAUUACAUCAAUCAGCAGAAGACAGUCCAUGUCAAGACCAAACAGCCCAAAACCAAGAAUCUUCAUCUGAAUCAUCUCCAGCAGAGUCAACUGUUGAGCAAACACUUGACCCAAGUAAUGACUUUCUUGAAAAGAGGCUAAUGAGAAAGACAAUUGCGAGGAAGCUACCUCGAGGAAUGCCACCAAAGCACCUGUGGGAUCACCCUAAUCUAUUGUCUGAAGAAAUGGUAAGAUGUAUGAAGAAUAUCUUCAUGUCUCUUGCUGAUCCAACAGCAACUUCAAAAGCAUCUUCAAACGAGAGCCACCUCUCACCAGUAUCACCUCGCGGGCAUCUAUCUAGCUCAGCGUCCUGGUGGCCUUCAACAGAACGGUCAAUGAUCUCCUCAUGGGUGCAAAGCCCACAAAUAGAUAUCCAAAAUAACGCCAACGUUUUGGCCACGGGAGAUGUCUUUGAUCCUUAUAGAGUUCGUGGGAAGUUAAGCUGGGCGGAGAUUGGAAACUAUAGUUUGGCAUCCGAGGUUUCUUGGAUGUCUGUUGGGAAGAAACAGCUGGAAUAUGCUUCCGGGGCGUUGAGGAAGUUCAGGACACUGGUUGAGCAAUUGGCUAGAGUAAAUCCUAUUCAUUUGAGUUGCAACGAGAAGCUAGCUUUCUGGAUUAACCUUUAUAAUGCGUUGAUCAUGCAUGCUUAUUUGGCUUAUGGCGUCCCAAAAAGCGACCUGAAGCUUUUCUCGUUGAUGCAAAAGGCGGCCUAUACAGUUGGAGGGCACUCAUAUACUGCGGCGACAAUGGAAUAUGUGAUACUGAAGAUGAAACCGCCUAUGCACAGGCCACAAAUUGCUCUGCUUCUUGCCAUCCACAAGAUGAAAGUAUCAGAAGAACAGCGCAGGGCAAGCAUUGAUACACAUGAACCUCUUCUAGGCUUUGCUCUAAGCUGUGGAAUGUACUCUUCACCUGCGGUGAGGAUCUACACAGCAAAAGGAGUGAAAGAAGAGCUGCUAGAAGCACAAAGGGACUUCAUACAAGCAUCAGUAGGGCUGAGCAGCAAAGGGAAGCUCUUAUUACCCAAAAUGCUCCAUUGUUACGCCAAGAGUUUGGUGGAGGAUUCGAACUUGGGGGUCUGGAUAUCGAGGUACCUUCCUCCACAUCAAGCAGCUUUUGUGGAGCAAUGCAUCUCUCAGAGAAGACAAAGCCUUCUCGCUUCUCGGAACUGCGGAAUACUCCCCUUCGAUUCUCGUUUCAGAUACCUGUUUCUCCCCGAUGACAACGUCUCGUUGUAAUGACAUUUUGAAAACUCUGUUCCGUUUGUAAAAAGCUUUAACCGACUUCAUAAGAACCAACAGUGGGAGGAGGCUGUUUCAUGAUCAUGAUUACUAUUAUAGCUUUCAGCUUUAUAGUGUACAUGUUAUUCAGGGAUAUGCGUAUUAAUUUUGAUCUCA